AUCGAAGCUGUUAAAACCAAAUUCCCCAUCCGGCAACUUUUGUCUUCCGCUCCGCCCUGCCCCGCCCCGGCCAGAUCCGCGCUCCGGCCGUCCGGCGGCCCUCGUCGUGGCCCCUCUGCUCGUUCCCCUUCCUAGCCACCCACUGCCACCAUCGUCUCCAUUGCAGCCGACGCUCCCUUCUUUGGUGCCUACCGCCGCCCUUACUCCUACACCCACGGCGCCGUUGAGCCGCCCCCGGCACCCCAAACGGCCCGACGCCUUCCUCGUGCCUGUAGCAAGGCUGGUGGUGCGGAACUAGGAGUAAUCAGUUGUGGUCCUGUGCUCUUGGUGUGCUUUUGGUCAGAUGCCGGGUUACUUCGACAUCGAUGACAUCCUCAUGGAGGAUGAGCCUAUUUCUGUUGUUUUCCAUGUAACUGCAAAUGGUGUCGGCCUGCUAGAUCCUGGCGCUGAAAGUAACUGUGUAGAGAAGGGUGCCAAGGUAGAGCUUCCGUUUUGGCUUGCGCAUGGGCUGCUGUCUCUGGAACAAGCUGUGUCAAUAAAUCCGCCUCCAUGCUUCACACAGAAAACUCGAAAAGAGAUCCAAGCUGAUGCGGCCUGUGUGGACUUGAGGGUUCGUUGCCCCUACUUUUAUGAGCUUGGGUGCAAGAUUGUUCCUUUGGUGAGUGACAAGAGCAUUGGCCUGUUUUUGCGUUAUGCUUUCACCAGUCGGUACAAAGAGGUUCUAAGCAAGUCUCACAGUUCUUCCAUGAUGACAGUGCCCAAGUUUGUCCCACGCCUUACCAAAGAAGAAACUCGUGUAUUUGAAUCUGCUAGGGAAUCGAUGGCUGCUUUCAAGAAGUGGCGUGCUGGUGGUGUGAGGUUGCAUAAGGCUUCCAUCCUUGGCAGGAAGAGGAAGACAAAGCUGCCUGAUGGGGCUUCUACUCCUUGAACAUGCAUGUUUAAGGUCUCCAUGGCAUGGAGUGCUUGAGCAGUCUACCUUAUAUGUUCAUCUAUGUUCACAGAUUUGAGCUGUUAGUGUGUAGAAACUAGAAAGAGAAGGAUAACAACAAUUUAAUACUUCUGUCACACAUCUGUCUUGUAUUGUGGUGCACCUUCGAAGUGCAUCUCUUUAGCCAGACAGGACAGGUGACAGCAGCUCUGAUCUGUUCUUUGUUUGGAGGGAGCAAAUCUGUAGGAGUUUUAACUUAGUAUAUAGCAGGCUUUGCAGUUUCAACUUUGAGUAUGUAUGGAGACAGUUUGGAUAAGUUUGAUAUGUUGAAAAUGAAGGAGGCCGGGAUCAGAAAUGAGUCAA